AUGAGGCUUCACGCACCCAUUCUGUCUCUUUUGGCUGCCGCUGCCAGCACCAGCGCCGCCGGGGUGACAGGAUCAGCCGAGGGCUUCGCAAAGGGCGUGACUGGAGGUGGGAGUGCGACGCCGGUUUAUCCAAGCACUACUGCAGAGCUAGUCUCGUACCUGGGAGACAGUUCGGCCCGCGUUAUUGUCUUGACCAAGACGUUCGACUUCACGGGAACCGAGGGUACUACGACAGAGACUGGCUGCGCCCCCUGGGGCACUGCGUCGGCCUGCCAAGUGGCCAUCAACAAGAACGACUGGUGUACAAACUACCAGCCUAACGCUCCGUCGGUUUCUGUAACCUAUGACAACGCCGGCGUGUUGGGUAUCACUGUCAAAUCCAACAAAAGCCUCGUGGGUGAAGGAUCCAGUGGUGUGAUCAAAGGCAAGGGUCUUCGAAUUGUCAGCGGCGCAAGCAAUGUCAUCAUCCAAAACAUCGCUAUCACGGACCUGAACCCUAAGUAUGUCUGGGGCGGUGAUGCAAUCACCCUCGACAAUGCGGAUAUGGUUUGGAUCGACCAUGUCACGACUGCACGCAUUGGGCGACAACAUCUUGUCCUGGGGACAUCUGCCUCUAACAGAGUAACCGUUUCCAAUUCGUACUUCAACGGCGUGACCUCCUACUCCGCCACCUGCGAUGGCUACCACUACUGGGGCAUUUACUUGACUGGUUCGAACGACAUGGUCACUCUGAAGGGGAACUAUAUCUACCACAUGAGCGGUCGCAGCCCUAAAGUCGGCGGGAACACUCUUCUGCAUGCGGUCAACAACUACUGGUAUGACUCGUCCGGCCAUGCCUUUGAAAUUGACUCUGGUGGCUAUGUGCUUGCAGAAGGCAACGUCUUCCAGAAUAUCCCUACUGUUAUUGAAGGGACCGUCGGCGGCCAGCUGUUCACCUCCCCAGAUUCCAGCACUAAUGCAAUCUGCUCGACAUACCUGGGCCACACCUGCCAGGUCAAUGGCUUCGGGAGCUCUGGAACGUUCAAGCAGGCAGACACGGCGUUCUUAGUGAAUUUCCAGGGCAAGAACAUUGCGUCUGCAUCUGCGUAUACCGUUGCGCAGAGUAGUGUUCCGUCCAAUGCUGGGCAGGGGAAACUGUGA